AUGUCGGACUCAAACUCGCCAACGCCCGCCAAAGAUACAGGUUAUACACCAGGCGACGACUUCUCGACGCAAUGGAGGAACAUAUUCUCCAUUUUGACUGGCCGAAUGACCCCCGAAGGACAAGAGCAAUUCCGUCUUGCCAAAGACAUUCGAAAUGAGGCCGCAGAUUGCAAGCGUUGUGAAGACCAGCGUGACUAUCUUUUGCAAUUCAGUCCUACUGUCAAAUAUCUAAGCGACAACAUUCGCCAAUUAGGCGGCGAUCUCGGAAGUCAUAAUAUCCAUUGCCGGCGAUGUACACAACGGAAAGCAGGCGGUUUCGACCCCGAGUUCGGUAUUCAGAUUUGCGCAAACGAGAUGCGUGAUCAAGGUCAUCUGGAGGAUACGAUGGCACACGAGAUGCGAAAGGUCAAUGUACUGACGGUGCUUUCCAGAUCCGCGCUAGUUCUCUCAGCGGCGAGUGUCGAUGGGCUCGAGAAUUCUUCCGACGAGGUCAAUGGAAACUCACGCAACAACACCAGGAAUGCGUUCGAAGAAGGGCAAUUCUCUCCGUACGCGCAAGACCGUUCUGCAAAGAUGAAGCACAUGCUGAAAAGGUCGUGA